AUGUGUGCAUCAGUAGCUCUGGCGGGAUUGUUAGCAGUGCAGCGUGUUGUAGGAAAGCCCAUCACUGAUCAUACAGUUCUGUUCCUGGGAGCCGGAGAGGCAGCUCUAGGCAUUGCUAACCUGAUUGUCAUGGCACUGAUGGAGGAGGGAAUGAGUCAAGCAGACGCUCGCAAGAAGAUUUGGAUCUUUGACAAGUACGGUCUGCUUGUUCAGGGUAGAUUUGAGCCCACAGAUAGUAAUCAGGAGGGGUUUGUGCAUCCUAGUCCGGGUGAUGUGAAGAGUUUCCUGGAUGCUGUUAAUGUUCUUAAACCUACAGCCAUCAUCGGUGUGUCUGGGGCGGGGCGACUAUUCACUCAUGAUGUCAUCAGGGCUAUGGGUUCGUUAAAUGAGCGACCAAUCAUCUUUGCUCUGAGCAAUCCGACUGCUAAAACUGAGUGUACUGCAGAGGAUGCAUACACUCUCACACAGGGUCGGUGUUUGUUUGCCAGUGGGAGUCCGUUUGCUGCUGUAACUCUGGAUGAUGGCAGGAUGGUGAUUCUGGGACAGGGGAACAAUGCUUACAUAUUCCCAGGUGUGGCUCUGGCAGUAAUUCUGAGUGGUGUUAGACACAUCAGUGAUACGGUGUUCCUCGAGGCUGCAAAGAUCUUAGCAGAGCAGUUGACGGAUGAGGAACAGAAUCAGAAUCACGGUCGUCUCUACCCUCCUCUUUCCAACAUUAGGGAGGUUUCUUUACAGAUGGCUGUGAGGAUAAGAUUUGUGUUUAUACAUACACACAAUGUGGUGGAGUUUCUGUACAGUAAAGGAAUGGCAUUUCGGUACCCAGAGCCACUGGAUAAGGAGGCGUAUGUGAGAUCCAUUGUGUGGAACACGGAGUACGAUUCCUUCCUCCCAGACAUCUACGAACGGGCUGGAGUGUCCCAUAGUCCUAUAGUGGAGUAAUCAUACACCCUAUAGCAUACACCUGAAACAGUCACACCCUUCAUUUACAGCUGUGUAAUGUUUAACUAUCACACAUCCCCAUGGGGAGUGAUUCCUAAACUCCUUCUGCUAAUGUAAAUGUACAGUGUUGCUAUUAAUAAAACACUCCGUGUGUGUGUGUGUGUGUGUGUGUGUGUGUGUGUGUGUGUGUGUGUGUGUGUGUGUUUGUAUCAGCUAAUACAUUUAGUGCUUUGUGUUUCUA